GUCUUGCGAAACUGUCUCCCCCCGGGCAGAAAAACAUACACCGCGCCCCAGGAGGUUAAGUAUGCCCGAUAGUCGGCCGGAUAUUAUACGUUUCUACUGCUGUGGUUACGUGUUGCGAGCAAUCAUCGUAUCCCGAGGUCGGGAUCGUCGGAUUCGACGACUGCAAAUCACGAGCGAGAUUACGGAAGACCGAGAGAGGAAGUGUCAAUCGGCGAGUGAUUAAGAAGCAUUUAGAAGUCACGGACGCUCCUCGAAUGACGCACCGUCGCAUCAACUUUCGAUCACCGUCAAUCAAUGCGCGAGCCGGUAUUCCCUCCGUCGAGUGUCAAAAAUCACGAACAUAGCGUGUACGUUGCGCGAGAACGCAACGGGAUGAAAUCAAUGAGAGAUACAUCAGAGGAAACAUCAUCCGAAUGAUAAAUAUCGACGGGAAAUCGCAUGUUCCGUCCGGUCGGUAAACGAUUAUCAUUUCGAGGUCGAUGUUAAUAUCGAUAUUCGCGCGAGACACGCCCGUGUUGGUGUUACUAGUGACAAAUUCCCUGUCCAUCGUGAAGUUAGGUAUCUGUUCGUUUUCGCUGCACCGCUGAACUAGUGCAAUAAGUUGCAGCGAGACAAGUAUAUGUUUUCUCACUUCAACUUAUUGCACUAGUUCAGCGGUGCAGCGAAAACGAACGGAUCUAUUGCUCGGUUUCAUCAUGCGCACCGUGCGCGCAUGUUAUCGUCAAUUGUUAACCGCAGAUAAGAUCUGAUUGUAAAAAUGAAGAUGUGAAAUGUCGGAGAGAGAUAAGUUGUUGGUGUCGCUGUGUUUUUGUUAGCCACUCUUAUUCAUAAGAUACUCGGGACAAGAGGAACGAUACACUCGACAUCAUGACGAGCGAGACUUCAGCGAAUAUACUGACGCUAAAUUGCUGGGGUAUACCAUAUGUUUCGAAACAUAGAACAGCACGUAUGUCCGCUAUUGCAGAGACAUGCGCUAGCAGAGAGUAUGACAUAAUUUGCUUACAAGAGGUAUGGUCUGAAAGUGAUUUUAAGACAAUAAAAGCAAAAGUACAGGAAGUAUUGCCAUAUUCACAUUACUUUUACAGCGGCGUCAUGGGAUCUGGAAUAUGCAUAUUGUCACGGUAUCCUAUCCACGAAGUGAUGUUUCACAAAUGGCCUUUGAAUGGAUAUGUUCAUAAAAUACACCAUGGUGACUGGUUUGGUGGCAAGGGUGUAGGCCUUUGUAAGAUCAAAAUUCGUGACAUGUUUGUCAACAUCUAUGUCGUACAUUUGCACGCGGAAUAUAACAGGGAGAAUGAUGAAUACAAGGCUCACAGAGUGCUGCAGGCAUUCGACACUGCCCAAUUCGUGAGAAUGACCAGCGGUGGCGCGGACGCUGUGAUAUUAACUGGCGAUCUGAAUACAGAGCCGCAAGAUUUAGCGUACAGAAUCAUACGUGGCGUUGCCGGCUUAACGGACGCCUGUCCAAAUAGCGUGAGUCAUAUAGGGACCAAUGAGUGUGCCAAUAACAGUUAUACCACUUCGAAGAUCGCACGUACAAGACCGGAAGGGAAGCGAAUAGAUUAUAUUUUGUAUUUAGAUUCGAGUGCUAUCAAGGCUGAAAUCACAAACUACGAAUUACCUUUGCCAAAUCGUGUGCCGUAUAAGGACUUCAGUUAUUCGGAUCAUGAGGCCGUCACGGCUACGCUCAAGUUCACCAGCGGUGAACAUACUGUAAAGGAUUUCGAUGUAACGGACUCUUUGAAAGAGGCAAAGGGAGUUUGCGAGACCGCAUUGAAAAGCGUGCAACGCCAACGUUUCUGGUAUCUAUUGUCGUGUUGUAUAUUGUUCAUUCCAUUAAUUUGGUCCCUCGGGCUGAAUUGCAUAAACACUUCCAUAGGUAUAGAUAUCGGUUUGAAUAUACUACGGGUUUUUUUAACUGCGAUAUUUUGCUACACAAUGUUCAUGAGUUCGAUAUGGAACAGUGUGGAGAAGAACGCUUUGAAAGCGGGAUGUUUAGCUAUAGAGAUCUACUUGACGAAGUUGAAUAGCGAUCGAAUGCCAAAUUCGCGUGACAAGGUGGAUACUUCUGAAAAGCAAUGAUCAAUGUACUGACGUUUGAACUUGAUUGACGGGCUCAGAGACAAUAUCGCGAUAUUAAGAAAAAAAAAAGUUACUUGCGUAUCCUCUCUUUGAUAUAAAUCUUCUCUGAUAUAUUUCUUUGACUUGUGUGUUCUCUACAGCGUAUGUAAAAGAAGCUUCAUUUAAAUUACAAAGAGACGAUGUUUCCUUGGUUUUACAUUUAUAUAUUGAAUUUAAGUUGCGUAAAAUUCACGAUUUUAUUAAAUGAAUAAAGAUUUGAUAAUUAAGACAAAUCAAGCUUGGCGUUAAAAAAAAGAAAAUGUAAAUCAAGGCCUAAGCUGUAAAGCCGUGUGAUGUGAACGGUACUCAAUGUCUCCUUCAAGUCGCUCAUUAUUAACGAAAAAGGCAUUGUGACGUUCUGGAUAUGAAUCUAGAAAUAGACACAAUAACGAUAGUAUUAUGAUAUCGAUUGACCAAUUCACAAGAACUGCGCAUAUCAUUUCACGCCUGUCAACGAUAUACAUAUAUUACGGCAAAAUACCUAUUCGUGUACGUAUGUACGUAUGUACGUUUAAUACGUAAUAAUUCGAGGAAAUCGAAGUUUCGUCCAGUUUUCAAAUCCAAUUUUUCACGCUUUAUCGCGUACCGUUUUAUACAAAUUAUGCUUUGUAUUUCAAUAUCGAAAUUAAUAAAGUACAACAUUGAAUAAGCA